AUAUCAAAGCUGAGUUUAGAGAGAAGACAGCAGAGAGGUCAAGAUAUACAAAUACUCAAUUGAGUACUUUCUCUUUAAUGACAUUGUGAGGAUUGGGUGUAGCUUUGGGUUUCAGUAAUUUGUGAUCACUCUUAUAUAGAUAACACAAACGGAGGGAAGCAAUCGCUAAUAUUCAUGGCUUCAGUUGAAGAAAUGCGCGAGGCACCGCGAGCACGGGGUCUAGCCACAAUACUGGCCAUUGGUACAGCCAAUCCGAAAAACUGUAUCCACCAAAAAGACUACCCAGAUUUCUACUUCCGUGUGACUGAGAGUGAGCACAUGACAGAACUGAAGGACAAGUUUAAGCGUAUUUGUGACAGAACGACGAUAAGAAAACGUUAUUGUCAUCUUACUGAGGAGAUUCUGAAAGCGAACUCGAAUAUGUGUAAGUACAAGGCCCCAUCUUUAGAUGCACGUCAAAAUAUGCUGAUUUCAGAGGUACCCAAGCUCGGAAAGGAAGCAGCAUUGAAGGCUAUCGAAGAGUGGGGCCAAUCCAUCUCAAAGAUUACACACCUUGUAUUCUGCAGCUCUUCGAGCAUCGACAUGCCUGGUGCAGACUUUCAGCUCACUAAGCUCCUUGGACUUAAUUUAUCUAUAAACAGAUACCUGAUCUCCCAUCAAGCUUGUUAUGCAGGUGGGACUGGCCUUCGCAUUGCCAAGGAUCUAGCCGAAAACAAUGCAGGCGCGCGUGUUCUUGUCGUGUGUUCCGACAUCAUGACUGUUCUUUUUCAUGCACCCUGCGAAACUCACAUAGACAUCUUGAUAGGCCAAGCACUUUUCACAGAUGGUGCAGCGGCUGUAAUCAUUGGUGCCAAUCCCGACACCUCAAUUGAGCAUCCACUCUUUGAGCUAGUGUCGGCCAGGCAAUCGAUUAUCCCCGACUCUGAGAGUGGAAUUAGAGGAACUGUACGUGAAAUGGGCCUCACCUACUAUUUAUCUGAAAAGGUUCCCAAGUCUGUUGGUGACUACAUUAACAAUUGCUUGGUCGAAACAUUUAACCCAAUUGGUAUAAGUGAUUGGAACUCCUUGUUUUAUGUAGUUCAUCCCGGUGGCCCUGCCAUUCUUAACAGGAUCCAAGAAAAGCUAGAUCUAAACGAGGAAAAACUCAGAGCAAGUAGGCAUGUGCUAAGUGAGUAUGGGAACAUGACCGGCCCUUGCGUGCUAUUUGUACUCGAUGAGAUGAGGAAGAAGUCUGCAGAAGAAGGAAAUGCAACAACUGGUGAAGGGUUGGAAUGGGGAAUUCUGCUUGGACUUGGGCCAGGUCUCACCGUGGAGACUCUUGUCUUGCACAGUAUUCCCAUAAAUUAAGAACGAAGCUUCUUACUGCUCGUGAUUUUUAAUCUCUGCAUGGUUUUAAGGAAAGAUUGAUAUUAUCUUUUCAAAUUGUUGUGUGGUGUCAACUGUACUUGAUGCUUUUAUAUUUUUAAUAAGAAGGUUUUGCUGGUAA